AUGCUGACUGGACUUUUCGAAGUUUUAUGCAGACCAACCACUCCUACAUAUGGAAAUUUAUUAGCUGCCAAGUUCAUAUUUUGGGAUGCGCUUCAUCCCAGCACAUCAGCCUACCGGGUCAUGGCUCAAUACAUCGAGAAGGAAGCUCUUUGUACAUCUCAUUCACCUUUACUUCCUUGCUUGCGCACAUCAAUGCCUACGGUUAAAAAGAACCACGAAACCAACUGA